GUACGACGACACUGUCUUCUUUCUACUCUUUCUCUCUUCAUCUCUCUCUAUUCACAGCCUUUCUCGUGUUCCAUUUGCAUUAAUGCUAUUUAGUAUUUUUUAUUUUAUUUUAUGUAUAUUCUCUUUCAGUUUAGUUACUUUUCUUUUAUUGGGAAAUCAAAUCUCUCUUUUAAUUUACUAUAUUUUCUACUGUCACUCACUUCACUCUCCCACCUUAGCUAGGGUUUUCUUUUCCUUUGCAGAUUCUUCUCCAUUUUUUCCUCAUAUGAUGAUUCACUGUUUCAUACUGUUGUAGAUUCAAACUCCUCUUCACAACUUCAAUGCAACAAGAUUGUGCAUGCAAACUGAUUCAGAUUCAUAACACAAAAGCUUCUAAUGUCGGUCACUCUCUGAUCUCUCUAAAUCUUCAACAUUUCACACUUUUACUCCUAAGGUUGUUUUGAUAUAAAUCGUUAGAUGUUUUCCGGUUGUGUUUAGGAUAGUUUGUUUUUGAAAGGCGAGGUGGUAGAUCAUGGAUUUUUUGAAGAUUAAAAACAAGUUUAGAAAAUCUCAGAAAGCAGGUGUUGAGAAAGAUUUGGUAGACAAGGCAGUGCAGGAGCCUGAGGAACCAAAGCCAAAUGCUGGUGAUCUGGAUCAGUGUAAAUCAGAAAAUGUAGAUUCUGCCGGUGAUGCUGAGGAGGAUGACGAUGAUUUUAUUACCAAUGAGGUGAAGAGGAGGCUUAAGGAAUUGAGAAGAAACAGUUUUAUGGUGUUGAUUCCUGAAGAAGAUUCGUGUCUGGAGGAAGGGGAGGAUGAAGAGGAAGAGGGAGAGACGGUCUCUAACGAAUGGAGGGAUGUGGAGGCAGAAGGUCAGCAGUGGUGGCGUGGCUUUGAUGCUGUUUUUGAAAAGUACUGUGAAAGAAUGCUGUUCUUUGAUCGGAUGUGUGUGCAGCAUCUUAGUGAAAUUGGAAAAGGUUCUCAGAACACUCCAACUCCAUCUCCAAGAUCUACUACAGCAAAGAAGCUGGCCUCUCCCCUGCGGUGUCUUUCCUUGAAAAGGUUUGAAGAACCAGAUGAUGAGUUUGAACAUCUUCAACAGCCUGAAAAUUGUCCCUACUUGGAUAUUGAAACGGCAUAUAUAGGUCAAAUUUGCUUGACUUGGGAGGCACUUCAUUGUCAAUACUCUCAUAUGAGUUAUAAGAUAUCUUGGCAACAUGAAAAUCCUACCUGUUAUAACCGUAGUGCACAAGAGUUUCAACAGUUUCAGGUUCUAUUGCAGAGAUUUAUUGAAAAUGAACCUUUUGAGCAAGGACUUCGACCUGAAAUUUAUGCUCGCACAAGGAACACUUUACCUAAACUGCUUCAGGUUCCUAAUAUAAGAGGUUCAGAUCAUGAAUUAACAGAUGAGUCAGAUAUGAGAGUUCUUGCUCCAGAUCUUAUCAGGAUAAUUGAAAACUCUAUCCUUACUUUCCACCUUUUCCUAAAAAGGGACAAGAAGAAGUCAAGUGGUGUUAUCAACCUGUUUGGAAAUCAGAACCAGCUUGCAACUCCUCUACAACAGAUUCAGUCUACUCUUGAGAAGAAAGUGGUGAAACUGAAGGAACUGCGAAAAAGGAAAAAGGGUUGGAGAAAAAGUUGUUGGCCACAAAAGCAUGAAGACAUUCAGCUACUGCUUGGUCUGAUUGACGCGAAAGUCCUAUCAAGGGUUCUGAGAAUGACAAGGAUGACUAGAGAACAACUGUUUUGGUGUGAAGAAAAGAUGAAAAAACUUGAUCUAUCAAAUAGUAGGUUAGAGAGGGAUCCAUGUCCCAUUCUCUUCCCUUGCUAACUGCAAUAGUUACUUCUUUCUGCUUUGAAGGACAAAUGUUGCAGAAGCCGCCGCCUGCUUAGGAUGUGCGUAUAAGGGGAGGGUAGCAACACCUUUCUGCUAAAUCAAAUGUAUUACUGUUGUGUCAUAUCUGUGAGUUUCUAGGAUGUUUUCUUGUGUAAUUCUCGGUAAAACAAACUUCCUUAAGCUAAGGAUUAUUCUAGCUGGUUCUUAGACUUAAUUUAAUACUAAUGCUAUGUUCAUUUUUCAGUCUGAAAAAUGAUAAGAACUGCCAACAGAAAUGCUGUGGCGUGUUAACAGUCAAUUUGUAAGCUUAAAGAACUUUCUCUUAAAAUAUGAAUGAACCCCUAAAUGAGAGGAUACAAAAGUAUUGAAAUUA